CCCACCCACACAGCAGGCGCGGUUGCUCUACCUGUUGCUUACGAGCCACCUGGGAGAAGGAGAAGCACCUUGUUGCAUGGAACUGGCGACUGGAAGUAGGCGAUGAAGCAUUCUCGAUGUCAAGACCUGGCCAUCGGCGUGGUUGCGUGCUUGAUGAUGAUCAGAGUUGACGCCUUCCUCGCCGCGUCAUCCAACGGACUGUCUCAGGCUCAGCGCUCGCACCAGAUAACAGCAACGUCCCGGCGACGAGCGCCAUAUUUGACAGUGACCAUGAGGUCCACCACACGGCAGAGCAACGGCAAAGGAGUUCCCCCAGCGCGCGAGGAAGGAAAGAGGAGAACACCUCAAGAGAUCGCAGGCGAUCUGGACGGGCAAUCUUUCUUAUCGCUGGCGAUCGAUGUUGUCUCCAACACCGGCGUCAGAACAGGCGCUAUUCGUUCUUCGCAGGCUGCGAGGGCGACGGCAUCGACGGCCAUCGACGUGGCUCUGAACGUGCUGGGCGGCGUGCGAGAUGGAACCGGGCCUGUCGAAACCCUCAAGAAAAGCCCCCCUUCUGUUCUGAGGAAGCUAUGCGAAAGGAUGGGAGCCACGUAUGUCAAGGUGGGGCAAUUCAUCGCGAGCAGUCCCACGCUCUUCCCCGCCGACUAUGUGAAGGAGUUUCAGAAGUGUUUGGACAAGACGGACAACAUCCCUUGGAGCACGAUGCGGCCAAUCAUCGAGAAGGACCUUGGCAAGCGAGUUACGGAGGUUUUCUCCUCGAUUAACACCGUGCCCCUAGCCUCGGCCUCCAUCGCACAGGUGUACGCCGCUACGUUGAAAACCGGGGAAGACGUGGUGAUCAAGGUGCAGAAGCCCGGCGUGGCGGAGGUCCUCAAGACUGACCUGGGCUUCAUGUACAUCACGUCGAAGCUUGUCGAGCUGGUGAACCCCAUGUUCGCGAGCCGUCUCAGCGUGUCAGAUAUCGUCGGGGAUAUCAGGUCCUCGAUGCUGGAUGAGCUGGAUUUUAAGAAGGAGGCCGCGAACCAGGAAAUCUUUCGGGCGUUCCUCAAGGAAAGCGGGAUCGAUCACGAGGUCACCGCCCCCAAAGUCUUUCCGGAGGCUUCGACAGAACGAGUCUUGACGAUGGAGAGAUUGUAUGGAGUUCCUUUGACGGACUUGGAGGGGAUUCAGAAGGUGUCCCAGAAUCCGGAAGCCACGCUUAUUUCGGCCCUGAACACAUGGACUCUAUCGGUCAUGAAUUGCGAUUUCUUCCACGCGGACGUUCAUGCGGGUAAUCUGCUGGUUUUGGAGGACGGCCGGGUGGCGUUUAUCGACUUCGGGAUCGUUGGACGGUUUUCUCCGGACACUUGGACAGGGGUUAGCCGCCUCGCAGACGGGGUUGCUGAUGAGGAUUUCAACGUCAUGGCGGAGGCGCUUUGCGAGAUGGGGGCUACCGUAGGACCGGUCGACACAGCAAAAUUCGCGUUGGACCUUGAGGGACUGUGGACAAGAUUCAACAGUUUAGACCCCGAAGCCAUGCUAGCGGCAUCUGGAGGCGCAGCUAGCGAUACCAGCGGCAGCAGCAGCGGCAGCAGCACGCGCUUGGAUGAAAAAGCAGAACAGGAGGCGACCGGGUUCCUGCUCGACCUCGUUUCUGUCUCCCGGGAGAAUGGGCUCAAGCUCCCCCGAGAAUUUGGUCUGCUAAUUAAGCAGCAACUCUACUUCGACCGGUACACAAAGAUUCUGGCACCAACUCUGGACCCCCUCCGAGACAGCAGAAUGCAAAUGAAGAUGAAGGACCAGGAGGGAGGAGUGGCAAGCGGUGAGGACGUGCUAGUCCUUGAAACGAAGAAGGGAGCUGGGAAAUCUGACACGGCUGAAGGGGAGAUCAAGCGGCUUGCCGACGUCGGAGAAGUAGAGGAUGGGACGAGUGGAGACAUCGAUGGUGAUGGGAGAGAUGAAGCGGGCCAAGGGGCACAGAAAAAUGCAGCACAAGAUGUAGGUAACUAGGUUGAUGGGGCAGGAGAGAUGGUAGGGAGUACGGGUGAUGCCCGUGUUCAAAGGGAGGGUGGGGGCGAGACGAAACUAAACAAGAAACGGAAGAAGAAACUUAAAAAGACCUCCAGAAGGAUGGCCGCCCUCUACGAUCGAUGAAUAUCACCGCAUAAACGUCUGCCGGUUCCCAAGUGCCAUAUCGAGUUUCCGAACCUUGAGAGCUUAAGACAGUGUUGAGUUGCAGUGGUUAUCGUUGAGAACAUGUUGAAUAUUUUAAUAGCUGUGUUUCGAGAACCCACUGAACACUUGUGAGCUGGCCGUUUGGUUUCGCGCAAGAAAAAACAUGGUUUAGACACUCCUUCCGGAAAACUCGCAGAAGCGUGUGCUCGCGAAGAAAGAGCAUCCUGCCAGGGUGUGCAAAUUUUUCGGUAACUAUCCGUCCGUGCAUGACGGAUCUUUAAGCAGUAAACUCAACCCCAUCUCACCAACUAGGCACCAAAUUACAAGUCUAUCCUUGUGGCCUGGGCAUUUAUUUGACGACAAUGGAACUGUCACGACGGCUUCCAGCUCACGUCGUGCUCAGUUCGUCGAGAAAGCAGCGUAUGUCUGCGUGUCUGUGUUGUCGCAUCCAUCCCCAACGAAACAGAGAGAUGUCGUUUUGAGCCUGGCGGAUGAUGGAUGUCGUUUUAUGUUGAGAGCGAAAGAGAGAUGUGGACUACGGAGAUGAUAAUGGGAGAUGACAGGGAGAAAGGGUGCGUGUGUUCUAUGCUGUUGUGGAAGCAAGACGGCGUGGGCACAGAGGAUGUUGUGUGUGAUUCGGUGGUGUUUGGACAUUGAGCGAUAGAGACAGACAGACAGGCAGAGAGAGGCUGACCUCUCAGACCGCUGCACACCCGGGCAACUGAGAAACAAGAGAUCGUAGACGAGCUUGAGACGAGAGACGUUAGCGUGUUGUGUAUGUUUGCGUGUCCUGUUGGGUUCGUUGAGUUUGUUGAGUGCCCCGUGGUAAAUCCUGCUGUUGUGUGUCGCUGAACAGAGUUGCGAAGAGCGAUAGAUUUAUGGCGGAGUGUGGAGAACACCUUCAGAAAGGUGAAACUCCCCAACGUCUGUCGAGGACGAAACCCUCUUUUCCACUAUGGCGUCGACGAAGAGAUGUCAGGUGUCUGCUUUUGGGUGCAAAAGACAUGGGUUCAAGUCCCGCUGCUCACCUUAUUUUCUUCCGGAGUAGUACGGAAAAAGAAAAACGGUGGGUGGGCCAAGAAACGAUGCACUGCCUAUCGAGCACGAAACGUCAGGCAAUGCGUGGCGGAAGUGGCGCACCCGCACACACGCACAGAAGAUAGUUGGAAAAAAGAAGGUUAUACUCGCCGCCAGCCGGUCGGGUUCCGGCUACCCCAAGAAGACUUCUCUUGCCUAGCAAACAAGAAGAAGCCUCG